AUGACCUCUCAUAUAGGAGAAAAUCCGACGUUAUCAGAAUAUAACUUCAAUGUCGACCCCUCGACCCUAGUAGCAGCAAUCGGAAAGAUAAAAGGUGCAACACGGCCAAAGCCUCUCCGAACUAAACCCUCUCAACGAGACCCGAAGUUGAUAUGUGACUACCACAGUACCCACAGGCACCAAACCGACGAUUGCAAAGGUUUAUGGGAUGAGGUGGCCCGGUUGCUCAAAAACGGACACCUAAGAGUAGUUUUUACUGAACGGGGGAAGAGCAACUACAAAAACAGAGCAGCCGACAGAAAAGCUGAGACGGAAGAACCCCAGCAUGUGAUCAAUAUGAUCAUUGGCGGGGUUGAGAUACCACGAGGACCUAUCCUGAAGAGAACAAGAUUCUCUAUCACGAGGGAAAGAAGGAGCAGGGACUAUGUACCGGAUGGAUUCAUUUCAUUCAAUGACGAGGAAGUUGAAGGCAUCACUCUUCCUCACAACGACGCACUGGUAGCUCGGCAAAUAUCGCCCGAUGGAAGGUUGUCGAAUAGCUCGGCAUAUUAG